AUGCAAAUGAUGAGACUUUUCUUAUUACUUUUCACUGUUGUUUUCAGCCAAACUUUGGUGGAAAACUUGUUUCAAAAAAUAGAAAAAACGAAAGGAAAGAUUACGAUAGAAGCUGGAGCGGCACUGGUGAACUUAAAUGAUGAUGAACUUGAUUUCUUGCUUUAUAACUCAGAAGAAGACUGGGUUAUUCUAUUUUAUGACUCAUCAGAAAAGUCAGCGUUUUCUGUGAGCUCAACUUGGAACUUGGCAGCAAGGUAUAUAAAGUACGAGGGAUAUAAUGUUACUUUUGGAAAAGUAGAUAUAAAGAACUAUAGCAAAAAUUUCAAGAGAUUGAGACUUUAUAAUCAUCCAAGUGCUGUUUAUGUGACUCAUGGAACUUAUUAUAACUUGACAAUGGGAUUUGAGAUGGAAGAGGUCCUGUCAAUGAUCAGAAACCAGACAUACUUAGCAUAUCCCAAUAAAGAACUGCCAAUUUCGACCCAUGGUGUAUUGGGACUGAUGUCAUAUUUUUAUGUUUGGCACUUUUUGUCUGGCUUUGCGAUUUCUAUAUUUUUAACUUUGGGAGCCUCAAAGUUUUUAAAAAUGUUGAAAAAGCCUAAAGCCAAGAAAAAUAUUUAA